ACUUAUCAUGUAUAAAGCGGGUAAUGACAGUGACUGCAGAAGCCUUGAUGGGGACUUGGUAACAGAACUUGGCGUAUCUGUGUUGUCGAAAAACGGGAAAACAGCGGUGGAAAAGGCCAAAUUUUAUAACGAUAGACUCUCUCUAAUAAGAGAAGCGGUAUUGAACACACUUUGUACCUUGACAAGAGAGACAACUGAAACAUUACAUUGUGUGGAUGCUAUAGCAGGUACAGGAGUAACAGGCCUUCAGUGGAAGGUAAGGUUGAAGAAUUUAGUACAUGUUACAAUAGCGGAAAAAGAUCAUAUCAAUGAAGUACAAAGUAACUGUGAGAGGAACGGAAUCUCCAAUGUGUCCUUGCUUCUAGAUACGAAACGCGUCCCAGGGGACCCCAUGGAGUCCCAAAAGGACAGAGAGGUUCACACUUGUCAAUGUACAGCUCCAGUACUCCUCAACAUGGAAGCGUUUGACUUUGUGUACCUCCAUCCCUACAAUCAUAUAGCCUGUCACAUUGACGCAGCCGUGGCGAAUAUACGUAAUAAUGGUGUUCUGUGCCUGGUGUCUUCAGAUUCAACACAUCAAUUUACUCGUUCAGCUGUCUCUGUUAGACGCCACUUUGGGGCCACAGUCACCAAGACAGAAUAUCUCAAAGAACUAGCAGCGAGGGUUAUCGUUAGUUCUAUAGCCAGGGCUGCAGCCAAGUGUAACAAAGGAGUGAAGGUUCUGUAUGUGCUGUUCGUGGAGGAAUUUUUCUUAGUAGCAGUGAAGGUGAUAAGGGGUCCAAAGUAUGCAGACAGUUGUACUGAAGAAAUAAGAAAUCUGUUGCACUGUCAGAUGUGUGAGGAACGUGUCUUCUACCCAUUCACCAACACUCCUACAGAACAACCCUAUAGUCUACUGCCCUGUAGGUGUCAGGACAACACUCCUGGUAAAACAGCACUGGUGCUUGGACCAAUGUGGUCAGGAGAAUUGUUCAAUUCUGAAUUGCUCAGUAAAAACUUGGCUGCUGCUAAGGAUGAACAAUUUUCUAAAAAGCUUCACAAUAUAUGGGCAGUCAUGCUGGACGAGGUGCGAUGUGUACAAUGUAUAGCUACAUCUGAAAAUGAAAGUGAAAGUAGCCUAACAGAACCUUGUACAAAACGACAAAAGUUGGCAGAUUCAGGAAUUUCACGAGUGUUGGCAGAAUGUAUGAGUGACCUGGAACAUAUGCCACCAUUCUAUUACAACAUUCUACGACGGAAAUGGAAAGGAAUUAAUGUACCAAAGUAUCCCGUUCUGAUAGAUCUCCUACGUAAGGAAGGUCAUCGGGCAUCUCGUACACAUUUUGACUUUGGUUGUAUUCGUACAAGUGCCGAUCUGGCUGAUCUCACACUGAUACUGUCAAAAUACUGUCAACAAACACAACAGUGUACUAAUGUGUGAUCAGAGCUGUCAACAACCACAACAGUGUACUAAUGUGUGAUCAGAGCUGUCAACAACCACAACAGUGUACUAAUGUGUGAUCAGAGCUGUCAACAACCACAACAGUGCACUAAUGUGUGAUCAGGACUGUCAACAAACACAACAGUGUACUAAUGUGUGAUCAGGGCUGUCAACAACCACAACAGUGUACUAAUGUGUGAUCAGGGCUGUCAACAACCACAACAGUGUACUAAUGUGUGAUCAGGGCUGUCAACAACCACAACAGUGUACUAAUGUGUGAUCAGGACUGUCAACAAACACAACAGUGUACUAAUGUGUGAUCAGGGCUGUCAACAACCACAACAGUGUACUAAUGUGUGAUCAGGGCUGUCAACAAACACAACAGUGUACUAACGUGUGAUCAGAGCUGUCAACAAACACAACAGUGUACUGAGGUGUAACCAUGACUCUCAACAAAAGAGCAGUGUACUUGUAGUGUGAUGGGAUAGGAGUUAAAGCAUCUGUUGUAUUUAGCAGUGUGUUCAAGGAAUCUUGAUUAUUAUUAUCAGACAUCACAUCAUUGCAU